AUGAAUUUGCCAUAGGUAUUCAGUGUGUUCACAGAUAAUAACCAAUUUGAGAAAUUCAUUGAAGAUCUUGUGGCUGACUGUGUCCAUGGAAUUAAAUUACCUUAUUUGAGUCAAUUCCCUGAAAUUAACCAUUAUAAUCUAAUUGUGGAGGCCCAAUAAUUUAUGCAGUAGUUCAGUGAAUACUUGUUGGAAAUGAAUAAUCAAAACAGAGAAGAAGUCUAAAGAUUAUUGGACAAAUUAAAAACAUAAAUAGAUGCAGAAAAACACUAGAUUUUCACCAGAAUAAUAACUGAGAACUUUAAAGGAAUGUGCAAAUAAGCAUUGUACACACAUAUUGCAUUAUCCAAAUACGUACUAAUUGAUUACAAUUGGAAUUUGAAUUUAACAAUAUCAUCCAAUAAAAUAGCCAAGUCGUAGAUUCCCACAAUAAUAGUGGAAUUGCAUUUGCAAACUUUAGAUAAUAUAGCCAAUAAAAAGAAGAUUAGAUUUGAGAUGACCAAAGAAGAACUAGAAUAGUUUGUAGGUAAAUUAUAAAAAGUUAUGAAUUAAUUACAAUUAUAAUAUAAAUGA